GCGAAAAAAAAACAAAGACAGCCAACAAGUGAAAUUCAAUUGUAAAUCGCAGCUCUACGCAAUUUGCACAAAUUUUUUUAAAUAAACUUUUAACAUGGGCGCCGCUGUACUGCCCGUAUUGUUCUUCACCGGCCUGUGGGCUGCCGUCGGCAUUGGCGGUUCGAUAAUAACGCCCCGGGGACCGCAACAGAAGCUGACUCAGUGCAUUCUGAUGCUGACCGCGGGCUGCUGCUGGCUCUUCUGGCUCUGCUGCUAUAUGGCGCAAAUGAAUCCGCUGAUCGGACCCAGACUAAGCAAAAAGGUGAUACAGCUGAUGGCACAAUCCUGGAACAUGCCCAUCACGGACGGCUAAGUCGGAUUUACAGCCGGAUUCAGCUCUUAUUUCUGUUGUGUAAAUCUCUUAAAGCACGGGCCACGCUCCGUUUUUUUUAUACUUAACUUAAUUUAUAGUGCAAAUUGUUAACCAUGUGCAUUCCAGCGCAAAUAUAGAGGAAACAUAUACAUA